AUGCAGGACAAAGAAAUGCUGGUGUACUGGUUAAUGGAUGAGGGGCUUAUGGCGAAGGGACGUUCGUGUCCGAUGUGUGCUGGAGAAAUGAGUUUGACGAGGUGCGAGGAUCGAUCCGAUGGUUUGAAGUGGGAAUGCAGAAAGCAAGUUAACGAAGCAUGUCUAACGUGGGAAGAUAUAUUAAUGGAGAACCCAACUGACAUGUUUGCUUUGAAAAUGGCUCACGACUCCUACUUAUAUCCUGGAUACCAACGUCAGUUCAGAGAUUUCAUCGCAAGGGUGAUGCCGAAAUGGAAAGAAGACAUGCCACUCUAUGGAUGUCUUCACGGAAUGUACGCGUUUGGCCUGAUAGAAACAGGAUUUUACAGACAGGCGGAGAAGCAUGCACUGAAGGGUCUUGAACUAAAUCCAAGAGAUUGCUGGAGCACUCAUGCAGAGGCCCAUGUCAUAGAAACGGAAGGACGUCAGGAUGAAGGAAUUAAAUUCCUCAGCACGACCUUGAAUGACUGGACUAUGGGAGCUAUGCUAGCCUGUCAAAAUUACUGGCACUGGGCGCUAUACCAGAUCGAAAAGGGAGAGCAUCAAGCCGCAGUGGACAUUUAUGACGAGGAGGUUGGGAAACGUUGCCUUGCUGGUGCCAUGCUUGACUUAGUGGACGCUUCCUCACUGCUCUGCAGACUUCAGAUGGAAGGUGUUGAUGCUAAUGAUCGUUGGAGAGAGCUGUUUCAUUUGCGGGAGUCACACACAGAUGAUCACAUUUUGGUUUUCAAUGCUGUUCAUAUGUUGAUGUGUACACUGGGAGCUAAGAAGGAAGAUGCAACACUAAAUCUAUUGAUGUCGCUUAGAGACUAUGUUAGGAAUGGCUCAGGAACAAAUUGCGAAGUAUCUAGAGAGGUUGGUUUGGCCCUUUGUGAAGCAUUUGAACAGGCUGACAAGGGAAACUUCGACAGAGCUGUAGACAUUUUAAACCCCCUCCGUUAUGACGUUGUCGACAUUGGGGCCAGUAACGCACAGGUUCGUGUAUUUUAUUGCAAUUCAUUGUCGUUAAUUAGUGCAACUUGUGGCAACCUCUCUUUGGUUUUUCCUUUGACACAGCAGGACAUCUUCAACUUAUUCCUGAUUCACGCUGCUCUGCAUUCUUCACUAAAAGAGCAUCAUCACUUGGCAAGCAAUACCUGGGCUGAGUCUUCAAAGGAGCUUAUUGACAGAGAGAAAGGCAAUGAAAGAAAACGCUCCAAUGACAGACCGACUCAUGGGGCAGACCCUUGCCUUACAUGUGUAGUAAGGUCAGGAGAAAACUCUUUGAAAUUCAUAGUCGGAUGUACAACACCAACACUGUCCGCGUCAAAUUAUGGCUCCAUGAUAUACGUUUAA